CGCGUGGAUUGGCCGAGGCGUCCUGCGGGGCCGGGGCUCAACAUGGCGGCGGGCUCGGCUGCGCGGGUCAUCGGGAGCCACCUCAAGGAGAUUCGGAUCCACCUCUGCCAGCGCUCGCCGGGCAGCCAGGGCGUCAGAGACUUCAUUGAAAAGCAGUAUGUUCCGUUGAAGAAGGCAAAUCCAGACUUCCCUGUUCUGAUCAGAGAGUGCUCAGAUGUGCAGCCCAAGCUCUGGGCUCGAUAUGAUGAAGCCCCGCUCACCUCUCGCUUUCUCCGGCUCCUUUGGUGCUCCAGGCGCUGUGGGGCAAGGGAGAAAGCUGGGCCGGGGUGGCACACGGGCAGGGAGGCGAGGCCGAAAGGGGAACUUUGUUUUAAGAGCCCGGCCGAUCUACUCAACCUCAGCAGCCCCCGAGCCGACCUUGUCCCGCUGCACUGA